AUGUCUCUCUUCCACCGCAGUGGCGACUUUGCUCCCCUCUUCCGUCUCCUCGACGACUAUGACCUCCACCGCUCCGGACGCGACGGUCAGACUCCUGCCUCCAGUAGCAUCUCAAGCUUCGCGCCACGCUUCGACGUCCGCGAGUCCAAGGAUGCUUACCAUCUGGACGGCGAACUCCCCGGCAUUGCUCAAAAGGACGUUGAAAUCGAAUUCUCCGACCCGCAGACAUUGACCAUCAAGGGUCGCUCGGUUCGGGAAUACCACACCCUUCCCGAGAACGAGAACCCUCAUGCUCCUAAGCCCGCUUCUGUCGAAGACGCACCCGAGUCCAGUGACGAGACAGCCGUCCAAAAGUCUUCCGACAAAAAAGAGGUCUCGAAGGCUCAGGGUAACGGCUACAAGUACUGGGUCAGCGAGCGCUCAGUCGGCGAGUUCCAUCGCUCAUUCAACUUCCCUAGCCGCGUUGAUCACAAUGGCGUCAAGGCUAGUUUGAAGAAUGGUGUUCUUACGGUGACGGUGCCCAAGGCUGCCCCUCCUACUAGUCGCAAGAUCACAAUUGAGUAA